UCUCCUUUGAACAGACGGCUAUGUUCUCAAGUGCCACCCCACAUUCAAACUCCACAAUUACAAAAAUUUUUUGAAUCCACCGAAUCAUUGUUCAAAUUUCAAUUGUCCCACGUUGCCCGAAAAUUUUUAUGCGCAAACCCAAUUUCGGCGAAUUAUUAUGAUUGGUUUACUCAGGAGGUGUGUUCGAUAUGUAACGCUCUGAGUGGUCGAUUACUUUCAUCUUCUGCUAGACGCAAUUUCAGUGGUACGUCGCCACCGGUGAAGUGCUAAAACCCGAACUAAUUCAUUUAAAAAGAACCGUUUUAUUCUACUGACAUCAACAUUUGAGACAACACACGUGUACUCUCAUAAUUAGUUAAUCAAUUGCCUUCGUCCUUCACAUACAAGCAUCAUCUAAAAGCCACUAUAAUAUCUGACGGUGCACAUAACCUAACAUCCAUCAAUUCUUGACAAAUAAUUAUUUACUUACAAGUCACCUCGGGAUGGUUACUUAUAUUUGAAACAAAACUUAAUCCACAGGCCAAUAACCAAGUAACGUUCUACCAACUAACGCAAACCAAAUUCUUCCCCUUGUUUCUUUGUUUCCUAUUAUUGCUCACACUCUAUUUCAAUUUCAAUAGAAAUUAAAAUACAGUUGAAAGCCAGAUCGUGGUGCAUUUACAAAUCACAUCUCUAUUAGCCUAGAAUUGCCCUAGUUCGUCAACUAAAUUGAUGCGCCACAAUUUCUAAACAAGUAGUCAGUAUAACAAUGGAGACUGGAGUUCAACUUGUCAUUUAUAGACGAAAUAGUAUAUACGAUCAUUUAAUUAUCAAGGAAAAUGUCACCAGUGUUGACACCAAAAAUUAUCAAAAAUCUCACGAAACAAGAACACGUUUGAAUUUGAAUGCACAUGGCAUUAAUUCCUACCUUGUAUCAGCGUAUGUUUAUUGGUUAAAAAGAUCCAACUGCUAUCGACAGGCAGCGCUGAAAGCGCUGCUGGAUUUUUCAGAGUCAAAAGCAGUGUCAGACAGAAGUCCUAUGAUUUAUAUCAGACUCCGAACACCUAGACAUCAGUACCUUAGUUACAAAUGGAAUGAAAGAGUGACUCAGAUGGUGCUGGAACGGCGAGAACUGGAUCAUGCCAUGUCUUGGUUGUCUACCCUUGGAGGAGCAUUCUCCGCACUUGGGGAUACUUUCGAACAUUGUGCCGAGAUGGCAGGGAAAAUAUCUAUAAGGCAACUACAGCUGGCGCUGCGCAUAGGAGAUCCUUUGUUAGUGGCAAGAUGCAAAUUGUGGGCUGCUCUGAGUUUGUUGCAGCGUGGAUGGCUCAAAGUGACAAAAAACAUUGUGAUUUCAUGCUAUCAACUGGCAGUGGUUGAGAAAGAUGUGCGUUUACAAAACAUGUGCAGGGGAAUAUGGUCAAAGCUUCAAUAUACUUAUAAAUUGAAACGACAAUCGAAAAAGUUAUAAUCCAAGUUAAUACACUCUGAAAUUCUAUGCUAAUUCUGUUCCUACUUUGUAUAUUUGUAAAUAAAUCACUUGUAAAAGGUAA